UUGCUGACUGGCAACUUGACUUCCUCUUAGUGAAACAUCAACAAAUGUUAACUAGGUUCCUCCUUCCUACUCACAGCUGCAUCAUGCGACUGCAGCCCACACAGAUCACUUUAUAUAGACUGUUCAGACAGGUUUUUCUGUAGAAUCGUCCUGGCCACUGCAGAUAUGAGGUCUGGAGGAUUCGUUUCGGUAUCCAGACCGGUCAUAACGUCCAUCGUUCUCAUCUUAUCGCUCUAUUGUUUUCACGUGUUUGCGCUCAAGUCGCAACUUUUGACGAGGCAUGGCGGGGUUACAGAUCUCAAUGCUCAGGACACCGUCAUCAACUAUGAGACAUGCUAUUUUGACCAGAAGAUCGAUCACUUUGGUUUCCUGGAGGAUGGCACCUUUAAGCAGAGAUACCUGGUUAAUAAUGAACACUGGGAUCAGAAGGGAGGGCCUAUCUUGUUCUACACCGGCAAUGAAGGAGACAUUACGUGGUUCUGCAAUAACACUGGUUUCAUGUGGGACGUUGCAGAGGAUCUGGGAGCCAUGUUGGUGUUUGCAGAGCACCGUUACUAUGGAGAAUCCCUGCCGUUUGGACAAGACUCUUACAGUGACACCAAGCACCUGAAUUACCUGACGUCGGAGCAGGCGCUAGCUGACUUCUCUGUGCUGAUCAGAGAACUGAAGAGGAAGGUGCUUGGAGCUCAGGAAAGUCCUGUGAUCGCCAUCGGAGGGUCCUACGGAGGGAUGCUCUCUGCCUGGUUGAGAAUGAAAUACCCCAAUGUUGUUGUUGGAGCUCUGGCUGCCUCUGCUCCCAUAUGGCAGUUCCCUGACAUGGUUCCAUGUGGAGAUUUCUAUAAGAUAGUCACCCAGGACUUCGCCAGGAGUGGACUGAACUGUGACAUUAACAUCAGGAGGUCCUGGAAGGCCAUCGACAACAUCACAGCAACUGAUGAUGGCCUCCAAUGGCUGUCCGGGGAGUUUAGCUUAUGUUCCCCACUCAAGAAGACGGACUUGGACGGUUUUAAGGCCUGGCUCCAAGAGACCUGGGUGAAUCUGGCCAUGGUUGACUAUCCUUACGAAGCUAACUUCCUCCAACCUCUCCCACGCUGGCCAAUACAGGUGGUGUGCAAACACCUUAGCUUUGACCCCAGCAGUGUGUCAGACUACCAGCUGUUAGGGGGUAUCUCUGAAGCUGCUAGAGUCUACUACAACUACACAGGAAACUGUCCUUGUCUCAACACCUCCUCUACGGCUACAGGGAACCUGGGCUUCAUCGGCUGGUACUACCAGGCGUGUACAGAGAUGGUGAUGCCACUCUGCACUGAUGGGGUGCAGGACAUGUUUGAGCCCCAGGACUGGAACUUCCAGGCCUUCUCAGAUGAGUGCAACUCCCUGUUCGGGGUUCGUCCUCGGGCUGACUGGGCAGCGACCGUCUACGGAGGACUGGACAUCGCGUCUCACAGCAACAUCAUCUUCAGUAACGGCGGACUGGACCCGUGGUCAAGUGGUGGGGUGACCCGAAACAUCUCGGACUCGGUGGUUGCCAUAGUGAUACCUGACGGAGCUCACCACCUGGACCUACGCUACAACAACGAGUAUGACCCUCACACCGUCCUCUCAGCCCGCAUCCAGGAGGUGGAAUACUUCAAACUGUGGAUCACACAGGCCAGGAAACUACAAAUACCAGGUUAAAUCAGUCUGAACAACAACUGCAAGGCUAAAUCAUUCUGAACUACAACUACCAGGUUAAAUCACUCUGAACUACACUUCCCAUGCUAAGUCACUCUGAACUACAACUACCAAGCUAAAUCACUCUGGAUUACAACUCCCAUGCUAAGUCACUCUGAACUACAACUACCAAGCUAAAUCACUCUGGAUUACAACUCCCAUGCUAAGUCACUCUGAACUACAACUCCCAGGUUAAAUCACUCUGAACUACAAUUACUAAAUCAAGCAGAACUAAAACUGCCAGACUAAAUCACUCUGAACUUAAACACCUAGGGUUAGCCUGAAAUGUCACCCUAUUCCCUAUAUAGUGCACUACUUUUAUCCAGGACCCCCUAGGACUCUGGUCAUAAGUAGGGCACUAGAUGCAGCCCCAGCCUCUCAAACUACCUGAAGCUGAAAGACCAUAGCAUAUAACAUGUGGCUUUGUUGCAAUGCCCUCUCUAGCAUACUACUAAGAAGGGAGCAAUGUACUGAACGUGUAUUCUAAGUGAUAUGCUAGUGUGGACAUUGAAACUAAGGCUUUUGUUUGCAUCCCAAAAGUGACCCUAUUCCCUAUAUAGUGCACUACUUUUGACCAGAGCCCAUAUCGACCCUGUUUAAAAAGGAGUGCACUAUGUAGGGAAUAGGAUGCCAUAUAAUACCAAUGUUCUCUACCACGAGAAUGUACUGAUGUAUGUUCAGUGGAAUAUUGUUUUUCAGAUGUGUUGAGUUUAAGGAAGAUCUACUUACACCAAUAAUCAGGUUUAGUUAAGUAACUAUUUCAAUGUUGAUUUGUUGAUUUCAAUGAUUGUUUACAGUGUUCUCUGUUUCGUGCCAAAGUCUCUUUUUUUUUAACGAGUGUCAGAAAGGGCUAGAAUAUCAAAUGUUAAAAACAAAAGAAAUAUUUUCUUAAUUUGAAAAUUAAAGACAUUUUCACAUAACACCAGAUUAGAUCAUUCAGUUACAGUAUUUAUGAAUUGUGUUUAAUUGAAGUUUGAUAGCUUACACAAACUGUACAUCAGAACAACAAUUGUGUUUAUUGGAUAAUUAGUACAAAAAAAAUAUUUAUUUAACAACUCUCAGGAAAAACGUAUGCUUUUUUUGUUGUUAGUGUUUACAAUUCGUUGUAAUUGACCAUUUCUGUUAAUGGAUAAAACAAUUGAUAACAUUCACUUGUAGUUUUUAUACUACGGCCUGAGUUGUAUUUGGUCCAGAAAUUGACCCAUAUUUAACCACGGCAGCAGAAGGGCUGGACCCAGCAGUGUCUCUCAAUGUCGUGUUAACAUGUUUCAUUGACUUUAAUGGUUGUGGCUGUUCAGUAAUAUCCCUUUAAUGGCUGCGGCUGUUCAGUAAUAUCCCUUUAAUGGCUGCGGCUGUUCAGUAAUAUCCCUUUAAUGGCUGCGGCUGUUCAGUAAUAUCCCUUUAAUGGCUGCGGCUGUUAAGUAAUAUCCCUUUAAUGGCUGUGGCUGUUCAGUAAUAUCCCUUUAAUGGUUAUGGCUGUUCAGUAAUAUCCCUUUAAUGGCUGCGGCUGUUCAGUAAUAUCCCUUUAAUGGCUGUGGCUGUUCAGUAAUAUCCCUUUAAUGGUUAUGGUUGUUCAGUAAUAUCCCUUUAAUGGCUGUGGCUGUUCAGUAAUAUCCCUUUAAUGGUUAUGGCUGUUCAGUAAUAUCCCUUUAAUGGCUGUGGCUGUUCAGUAAUAUCCCUUUAAUGGUUAUGGCUGUUCAGUAAUAUCCCUUUAAUGGCUGUGGCUGUUCAGUAAUAUCCCUUUAAUGGCUGCGGCUGUUCAGUAAUAUCCCUUUAAUGGCUGUGGCUGUUCAGUAAUAUCCCUUUAAUGGCUGUGGCUGUUCAGUAAUAUCCUUUAAUGGCUGUGGCUGUUCAGUAAUAUCCCUUUAAUGGCUGCGGCUGUUCAGUAAUAUCCCUUUAAUGGCUGUGGCUGUUCAGUAAUAUCCCUUUAAUGGUUAUGGUUGUUCAGUAAUAUCCCUUUAAUGGCUGUGGCUGUUCAGUAAUAUCCCUUUAAUGGUUAUGGCUGUUCAGUAAUAUCCCUUUAAUGGCUGCGGCUGUUCAGUAAUAUCCCUUUAAUGGCUGCGGCUGUUCAGUAAUAUCCCUUUAAUGGCUGUGGCUGUUAAGUAAUAUCCCUUUAAUGGCUGCGGCUGUUCAGUAAUAUCCCUUUAAUGGCUGUGGCUGUUCAGUAAUAUCCCUUUAAUGGCUGCGGCUGUUCAGUAAUAUCCCUUUAAUGGCUGCGGCUGUUCAGUAAUAUCCCUUUAAUGGCUAUGGCUGUUCAGUAAUAUCCCUUUAAUGGCUGUGGCUGUUCAGUAAUAUCCCUUUAAUGGCUGCGGCUGUUCAGUAAUAUCCCUUUAAUGGCUGUGGCUGUUAAGUAAUAUCCCUUUAAUGGCUGCGGCUGUUCAGUAAUAUCCCUUUAAUGGCUGUGGCUGUUCAGUAAUAUCCCUUUAAUGGCUGUGGCUGUUCAGUAAUAUCCCUUUAAUGGUUAUGGCUGUUCAGUAAUAUCCCUUUAAUGGCUGUGGCUGUUCAGUAAUAUCCCUUUAAUGGCUGUGGCUGUUCAGUAAUAUCCCUUUAAUGGCUGCGGCUGUUCAGUAAUAUCCCUUUAAUGGCUGUGGCUGUUCAGUAAUAUCCCUUUAAUGGUUAUGGCUGUUCAGUAAUAUCCCUUUAAUGGCUGUGGCUGUUCAGUAAUAUCCCUUUAAUGGUUAUGGUUGUUCAGUAAUAUCCCUUUAAUGGUUAUGGUUGUUCAGUAAUAUCCCUUUAAUGGCUGUGGCUGUUAAGUAAUAUCCCUUUAAUGGCUGCGGCUGUUCAGUAAUAUCCCUUUAAUGGUUAUGGUUGUUCAGUAAUAUCCCUUUAAUGGCUGUGGCUGUUAAGUAAUAUCCCUUUAAUGGCUGCGGCUGUUCAGUAAUAUCCCUUUAAUGGCUGUGGCUGUUCAGUAAUAUCCCUUUAAUGGCUGUGGCUGUUCAGUAAUAUCCCUUUAAUGGUUAUGGCUGUUCAGUAAUAUCCCUUUAAUGGCUGUGGCUGUUCAGUAAUAUCCCUUUAAUGGCUGUGGCUGUUCAGUAAUAUCCCUUUAAUGGCUGUGGCUGUUAAGUAUUAUCCCUUUAAUGGCUGUGGCUGUUAAGUAAUAUCCCUUUAAUGGCUGCGGCUGUUCAGUAAUAUCCCUUUAAUGGCUGUGGCUGUUCAGUAAUAUCCCUUUAAUGGUUGUGGCUGUUCAGUAAUAUCCCUUUAAUGGCUGUGGCUGUUCAGUAAUAUCCCUUUAAUGGCUGUGGCUGUUAAGUAAUAUCCCUUUAAUGGCUGUGGCUGUUAAGUAAUAUCCCUUUAAUGGCUGUGGCUGUUCAGUAAUAUCCCUUUAAUGGCUGUGGCUGUUAAGUAAUAUCCCUUUAAUGGCUGCGGCUGUUCAGUAAUAUCCCUUUAAUGGCUGUGGCUUUUAAGUAAUAUCCCUUUAAUGGCUGUGGCUGUUAAGUAAUAUCCCUUUAAUGGCUGUGGCUGUUAAGUAAUAUCCCUUUAAUGGCUGUGGCUGUUCAGUAAUAUCCCUUUAGUGUCUUACUGCUAUUGUCAUGUGUUGUUCCCAGAUUAAAAGUUGUUAUUUUGAUACUGUUUUUGUCUAUCUUGUCAACUCUAAACGGAAUACUUGCUAAAUAAAUAAUGUGUAUUCUACACUGAACAUU